AGCUGUGCAGUGGAUCCGUAUAAGAAGCGAAAUGCAGAUUCGUUUGCGGGCGAAUUGGCACAAAGCCAAUGAGUUUUGUACAACACUUGGAAUGGUUUUUGUAUCGAUGAAAUCUCAAGUAGAACACAACGAACUGAUUCGAUUUGUAGAGAAGAUGGAUAAAUUUUCCAAUGCCACCAGAUUCUGGAUCGGCGCCAGCGAUCUUGCGGAGGAAGGAACCUAUACCUGGGUAUCCAGUGGUCAGUUGUUGACCUUCUCUAACUGGGCUGAUAACGAACCGAACAACGAAAACCAUGCUGAACACUGUAUUGAAAUUAUUCUCAAUAUAUACGUGAAUCGUGUUUGGCAAUGGAAUGACAACGAGUGCCGUAAUCCUAGGGAAUAUUUCAUUUGCGAAGGUGUCGAUAAACAUUGUAUUGAGAAUUUUUAGAAUAAAAAGUGAUUAAAAUAGAUACGAAUA